AUGCGAGCGAAAGAUGAAGAGAAAACCUUAGUGUUAGUCACGACUGGAGAAAGUGGAGAAACGGGAGCCACAAAUAUUUGGUUUUUCGAACUGGAUCCCUCAGUGAUAUACAAUACGUCACAAGCUUAUGUGGACAGUUGUCGUGGCUUUCGCGAAGACGUUAUCCGACUGAUGCAACUGCAGGUUGCCAGUCCUAUCAUUGCCGCCUGCUUGUGGCCUUCGUGGGAUACGGACCCUAGCGCUCCACCUUUUAUGUUUGCGACUGACCUGGCCGCACGGAGACUUCAUACAUAUGUUUUCCCCAAGGAAAUCAUAAAAAGGUCGCCACAGUUAUGUAUGUCUGGUCGUAGUUUAAACAUGGGUGCGAAUCGUCUUACCACGCCGGCUGCAAAUGCGGGCCCUGUGAGUAGCAACUCGGUACUGCUGUUCGGUGGCAGCAGCUUCGGACCUGCAACAGCUUCAGAUUUAUCUAUCCCACAAGCACAACAACAGCAGCCACAACAACAAUCUGGAACGCAAAGUCAGCAGAUGAUUCGAAGAACUAGCAAACGAUCACGAACCACUGUGGGUCUAGUGAUGCGUUUGACCCCAACAACCACUGCAACCAAUAGCGGUCCGGAACCGGCUGAUAGUGGGAUCGAGGGUCAGGGAUCUUCCUGUCUUAAUCCCAUGGGCAACUGUAACAUACUGCGAGGUAUUCGUCCAGUACGUUUCUCUAAGGUGGAUGACUCAAAUCUGAUGAAGAUCUACUAUGGUGAUGGAACUCUGGAGCUUAUUCAGAUCACACCGGACGAGAUCCAUAUUAUCAGUGGUUUGGAAAUAAAGGGGUAUGAUUCACUUACGGCAGAUUUCGAAGCUGCGUACUAUCUACCAGCUGAGCUACGUGGCCUCGUAGGCGGCGUCCAUGCAUUUGACAACAUAGCAGAAAUCAACUUGAAACAGCCAAAUCAUGAGUUAAACAAAAUAAUCAGCGAACAAGUGGAGGCUUUGAAGAGACUUCCCACCUAUAAACCCAAGGAAACAACAUCAGAUUUGCAGAAGUCCCCCACACGCCCAGGUCAAAUGAACCAUAAUAGCUUUCGACCACUAUUUUUCCGAUCAAGCACAGUUAUGGCGCUGGCUGACCAUUCAAUUGACGUAAGCGAAAGUAACGAGUUAAGCAAUGAGGUGCUUGAAGUCGGUCCGAUUUUGUCGGAACCGCACAGACUGACGUGGACGCAGGAAUGUGAAUUGGAAGCACAGGAACUGGAGAAUAAGGUCUACUUGGAUGCUCAGGAGAAGCUACGCAAUGAUUUGGUUGAAAUAAGCACUCUCGCAAUUCAGCAUGAUGAACCGGAAGAAGACGAAGAACGGGUAACGGAUGUAAAUCUUGUCAUGGCUGGGAGUAUCGCCCUGGACUAUGGAGGCACAGACGAAUGUAUGUACGGCCAAAUGGAACUGUACACUCGAGAACAGAAGAUUUAUCAGAUUGUACUGAUACAAGACAAUAUCUUUCGUAUUAAGGAAGCAUUCAAUAAGCAGUUUAAUGAAGUCUAUGAGAAAAAAGAAAGCGGUCUUAGUCGCAUCCGCUCGCGACUUGCACGUGUUCGCAAAGUUCUCAUCGACCUGCAGCAGCCCAGUUCGGCGCGUGUGAUUUUCGACCCACAGUUUACUCCCGAAGAACAGCCGGAGCAAUUACUCACUGUACACGAUGCCGAGAUCACAGUCGAAAAGUAUCUGUCACCGGCUCAAAUAGCUGAGUUAGAAGCCAAAAAAAUGGCUGAGGAGGAGAGAAAGCGACGCGAGAAACUGGACAACUGGCGUGAACGUGGCUUGGAAGAGAUGAUGGGUGGGGUGCUUGAAGUACGCAAAGAAGAUGAAUUGAAAAAGGAUGUGCCGAAACCAGCAUUUUUGCUCACUGGUAAACCAUUGGGUCAUUGGACGGAAGAUGAUAAACGUUUGUAUGCUGAAUACGAGCGCAAGGUGAAAGAACUAAAUGAAGAGCGCGAAAAAUAUCGAAAGUUCCUUGAGGCAGAUGUGAAAAAAAUGUAUGCACAAAUCGAUGACGAAAAAUCCAAAUUUGAUGAACAGCUGCUUGCUUUGUUUCAAUACUGGAUUCGUGUUCAAAUGGCUGUGCUACAAGAGGAACUUAAAGUAUGGCGCCUCAAAUGGAUGCUUUUGAUUGAAGAGGAAUUAUUUGUGCAUGAAUAUGAAUUGCACGGUUUGCUGGAUAAAGCCGAAUGUGAAAUAGAACAAAUGAAAAACACGCUUGAGGCAUCAAAGAAGGUGCUUGAUGAUAUGCAACAACUGUACGAAAUUCAGUGUGCUGAGGACCGACUGAUGGAGAAGAAUUUCCGCAAAGAUUUUUCAGAUGUUCAUGGACCAUUAUAUGACUACAUUCUGAAAGCGUUCCGCCGUAGGCCAAGACGAAUGGUUCCAACCGGAUCGGCUCAUAAUCCUGAUCUAGAAACAUCGGAGGGGAUUCGUUCUCACGGUCAACCGGGGUCGACUAUUUUCAAUCCAUAUGUAGAAAAACCGUCACACAAACGUAUUCCAACUGAUUCUAAGACGUUGGUGGAAGAAUGUCUCAAAGAGCUAGACAAUGACCCUGCUCACGAAAGUCAACCGGGAAUGGAAAAUACAUUAUGGGAACGUUUGUGUAGAACUCGUAAAAGAAAGUUGGAGAAGGAAAUGGAAAUCAAGGCCACCGCAUUGAAUUUGGCUGAAAUCAAUGCAUUCAAACGAGAGGAAGAAUUAGAAAAGCUCACGGAGAAACGUGACGGCAUUAGUACACAGCUAAAGAACUUGCUCAUUGAUUAUCAUCGAGAUCAGACAGAUUUGGAAUUGCAGCUACUGACGAAACAAGGUCAGGUGGAACUCGAAGUGGCCGAGGGCGAAAUGGUGCACGAUUUCUCCGACGCUCUGUUAAUUGAUCGUCAACGUGUGGAAGCUCUGAAUAAACAUAUCAUCAUGUUGGGAGAAAGCAAAGUAGCUCACAUGAUCAAGAAUAAAGAAUUCAAAAAGCGAUUUUAUCAUCUGGAAUGGGAACUCCGUCAAAUGCUCAUGCAAUACGAGGAUCUACAAGCAAAACAAGCCGAUAUUCGGAAAUUUAAAAUUACUCGCGAAGUACAAAAGUAUUUAGAGAUCAGUGACUAUGACGGACUAAUCAAUGCGCAAAUUAUGACAAUAGAACAAACAAUCAAUUUACAGCGACAACUGUUCUUAAACAUUCUACAUAGCCGAUAUUCGAGCGGAUGCGCAGAUUUGCAGAAGGUGAAUCGAAUGAGUCGUUGUAAACUACUGGUGCAACAGCAACGACUGAUGCAAUUGGCCAGAGAACAGUCCCGUGAAUUGCAAAUGUUGCGCGCUGAGGCCGCUCGAGCCCGACGAGAGCACAAUUCAUCUUCACUUCUCUCCUGA